CCUCGUGUCCGGUGACCCCGUCCCUCCCCUCUCUCAGGCGGCGGUGUGAGCGCGUCAUGGCCGCCUCGAAGCCCGUGGAGGUGCCGGGCGGCGGCGGCGGCCCCGGUACGGGUCUGUCCCGCUGGCAGCUGGCGUUGGUGCUGGGGGCUCCCAUCCUACUGGGUGCCGGCGCUGUCUACCUGUGGGGGCGGCGAACGGCCCGCCGCGGCGGGAAGGGCGCGAGCGAGCGGAAGACCCCAGAGGGGCGGGCGAGCCCCGGCCCAUACGGGAGCGGAGCGCAGCCCGAUGGGCCCGGCCAUGAGGACAUGAGCCCUCUUGAUAGAGCCCAAGCAGCCAAGAACAAAGGAAACAAGUAUUUUAAAGCUGGAAGAUAUGAGCAAGCCAUUCAGUGUUAUACUGAGGCUAUCAGCCUGUGUCCUCCUGAGAGAAAUCUUGAUCUUUCUACCUUCUACCAAAAUAGAGCUGCUGCCUAUGAACAGCUGCAAAAAUGGUCAGAAGUGGCCCAAGAUUGUACAAAGGCUGUGGAGCUUAAUCCUAAAUAUGUAAAAGCUCUCUUCAGACGUGCAAAGGCUCAUGAGAAGCUAGACAAUAAGAAGGAGUGUUUAGAAGAUGUCACUGCAGUCUGCAUUUUAGAAGCCUUUCAAAACCAGCAGAGUAUGUUAUUAGCUGAUAAAGUUCUCAAACUCCUUGGAAAAGAAAAGGCCAAAGAGAAAUACAAGAAUCGUGAGCCUCUGAUGCCCUCGCCACAGUUCAUUAAAUCCUAUUUCAGUUCUUUUACGGAUGAUAUCAUCUCCCAACCUUUGCUUAAGGGUGAGAAAUCCGAUGAGGAUAAGGAUAAGGAGGGAGAAGCUUCUGAAGUAAAAGAAAACUCUGGCUAUUUGAGAGCAAAACAAUAUAUGGAAGAGGAGAACUAUGACAAAAUUAUCAGUGAGUGCACAAAAGAAAUUGAAGCAAAGGGAAAAUACAUGGCAGAAGCUUUGCUUCUGCGAGCUACUUUCUACUUACUUAUUGGCAAUGCAAAUGCUGCCAAACCAGACCUAGAUCAGGUCAUCAGCAUGGAAGAUGCAAAUGUGAAGCUCCGAGCUAAUGCUCUGAUCAAACGAGGAAGUAUGUAUAUGCAGCAGCAGCAACCUGCACUGUCCACUCAAGACUUUAACAUGGCUGCUGAUAUUGAUCCUCAAAAUGCAGAUGUUUACCACCAUCGAGGACAACUGAAAAUUCUGCUUGACCAAAUUGAAGAGGCUGUGGAAGACUUUGAUGAAUGUAUCCGAUUGCGACCGGAUUCUGCCUUGGCUCAAGCACAGAAAUGUUUUGCUCUGUAUCGCCAAGCGUAUACAGGGAAUAAUCCUUUGCCUCUGCAAGUAGCUAUGAAAGGCUUUGAAGAUGUCAUUAAAAAGUUCCCAAAGUGUGCUGAAGGCUACGCUCUUUAUGCUCAGGCUCUAACUGAUCAACAGCAGUUUGGCAAGGCUGAUGAAAUGUAUGAUAAAUGCAUUGACCUUGAACCAGACAAUGCUACUACGUAUGUUCAUAAAGGUUUACUCCAGCUUCAGUGGAAGCAAGAUUUAGACAAAGGCUUAGAACUCAUAAGCAAGGCCAUUGAAAUUGAUAACAAAUGUGAUUUUGCAUAUGAAACCAUGGGAACGAUUGAAGUACAAAGAGGUAAUCUAGAUAAAGCCAUUGAAAUGUUCAACAAAGCUAUCAACCUGGCCAAAUCUGAAAUGGAGAUGGCCCACCUCUACUCGCUCUGCGAUGCUGCCUACGCCCAGACAGAAGUUGCAAAGAAGUACGGAUUGAAACCACCAACACUGUAAAGACAAACACAAAGCAAACAAGAGGAGGAAAUGACUUCACUUUAGAAGUUGCCCACUUCAGCCAGCCCUAGAGACGCUGUUGCAAACCAUGUUGAAUGGUGGAACUUAGUUUUUUCCCGUUCGUGGUGUUGUCAUUUGCUACAUCUGUUAAAUGUUUAGGUGUUGUGGGAGUGGUUGUUCAAGAGAGUACGCAGUGUUGCAUCUUGUUACUUCUGCAGCAAGAACCUUAAAGAGUUUUAAGGGGGAAAAAAAGUUGCGGAGGAACAAAUGGACGAUACUUAGGCCAUGCAAAUAAAAACUUUAUACUGGUUCAUUUUGAGUGAUUACGUUAUGGGUGAUUUUUGCUUUACUAAACAAUAUUACAGCAUGUUUUUGUUUCUCCCCUGUUGAUUUUAAAGGUAAUACUAGUCAGUGCUGUAAAAUAGGGUUCUCUUUUAUAUGCGAUUAAUCCUUGAGGGUUGAUUUUAAUUUUGCAAAAAGGAAAAAAAAAACCAAUUUACAAACUGUUUAUUAACUGAGAUUAUUUUUUUUUUUAAGCCAGUAGCUGUGAAGAGAACUGUGUAAAUAUAUGCAAGCAUGAACCAUCUUCCCUUCAAGCCCUUCCCGCCCUCUGCAUUACAACUUAAAAAUAGUCCUAUGGCAGCUAUUAGGGAAUUCAUUUGAUAGUCCUUAUCCUCACCCUAGAAAGCCCAGGUGUACUGUGUAGGAGAGCUGGUACAAAGGUUUCUCGGGGGAAGAGGUUAGGUAACACUAUUUUAAUGCAGAUUUUCCUGGAAGAGACGCCGUGUUCCUGUGCAGCAAUCUUUACUUGAAUAUGACGAGAAAUUGUUCUGUAGGGUUCUGAGAGACUUUCAAGGAUUGAAAGCACUGCUGGGAGUGCAGCUGCCAAGGUACGGUCAUGCUUGCCUAUGAUCUUGUAAUCUCUCUCUGUUGCCGAAACUUAACAGUUAAUACAACUGUCUAAAUUCUCUUCUUUGGUCCCUAGAGAAUUCUGUGUUCUGCUCUAUACCUUGUGAUAGCCCUCUGCAGGAGUGAGUGAGAUAAAGAACAAGGCAUAGACUAAAACCUCAAAUCAUGGAUGUAGAACCUUUGCUAUUUUCCUUGUUCUUCAGGCCCUUUUUUGUUUAAGAUUACAGAUACUGAACAAAAGAAGCAACUGUUUGGCAAAUAGCACAUUGGCAAGUUACUACUAGUAUAAACACUUGUCCUCUAACUAUGAACUUCACUGAGGGGUUCUCUGUUUCUUUGGGUUGAUCACUCUGAUGCCACAGUCAGUCUGUGGUGCCUCUCCCCAGGUUGAUGUGGCUGGAUAAAACUCAUGAAAAUAAUUGAUGCCACCUAGUUUAUCAUGCAUUGAUCUGGGCUUCUUCCCAUCCUAAAAUCAUAAUUUGCUUGUGCUGAAUUUUCUAGUGUAUUUCACCUCCUAAAGAAAUGAAACAAACUGCCAUCAAACUGUCCUGUUCUCUCCUUGUGACACUCCAUAGCAGCAGCUUGUGUUUUCAACCUGACUUACCUUUCUCCCAGCAAAAAACAAUUGAAAUAGUGAACUGGAGAUGCGGAGAGUCAAUCUUUGUAUUUUAGUUAGCUUACUAACGUGAUCUGAAAUCAUAGUGUUGGCUUAGAAUUGAAGGCACUGGAAGGUACCUGCAGCUGCUAAGGGCAUUGCGUGCAACAUCUUCCAGAACUUGGUAUCUCUGCAUCAGUUCCUGCAUUUGUUCCUGAGAACAAAACUAUGCCAGUCUGACCGAGUCGUCCUGUUCUCCCGAGGAGUUUCUAUUUGCAUGGCCUUAUUUACAUUGGCAUUUUCACCUCUCCACCCUACCUUUACCCCGUUCCUGUCCCCACCAAACCAAUUAAGGGAAAAAAGCAUGUGCUGUCAAAUACUAGCAUUCCAAAUCAUCACAGACUCUUGCCUGUUCUUGAACUAGUUUGAAACUGCACUGAAAAGGAUGCAUUGUCUGUAAUUCUUUUUGUAAAUGACGUAUCACCUGUAAACCAGAAAGAAAAAUAAAUAUUACCUUCGAGUAUCACUCUCUGACAUGAA